CCCCCCCCACCGGUCUUUCUGCCUGGUCUGCCUUUCAUUCCCUGCUCGAGUCUUCUAGCUGCUCCGUCUCUUCCCCCUCCGCCCGCGGAAUCCACUUCCUUUCCGCAAGUCUGCGCAAAUGUCGUUCGCUUUCGCCGGGAAUUUGCCCGGAGGCUCCGUCUCGGACAUAGGCAGCAGCCUCAAGCAAUUCUACUGUCACCAAUGCAGCCGCUCCAUAACCCUCGUAAUCUCGCCAUCAACCGAUCCUCUCUGCCCCCACUGCAACGAAGGCUUCCUGGAGGAAUACGAGAACCCUAACCCUGCUCCUACUCCAUUCCGUCCCCGGUUCCCGCCAUCCGAGCCCUUCUUCGCCGAUCCCUUCUCCUCUCUCCUCCCAUUCUUCCUCUCCUCCUCCUCUCCCCCUUCAACCACCACGGUAGACCUUCAGAACCCGGCCGUCUUCUCCGCCUCCCAUACCUCAGGCUCUGAGCCCCAUCCCCAAAACAACCCCUUUGACCCGUUCGCCUUCCUGCAGAGCCACCUCCAGAAUCUACGGUCCAGUGGAGCUCAAAUCCAAUUCGUCAUCGAGAACCGCCCUUCUGAUUCUCCUUUCCCCCUUCCUGCUAAUCUCGGCGACUAUUUCAUGGGACCUGGGCUCGAGCAGCUAAUUCAGCAGCUGGCCGAGAAUGACCCAAACCGCUACGGGACCCCGCCGGCCUCGAAAUCUGCCAUGGAGGCCCUCCCUACCAGCAAAGUCACUGAUGUGCAGCUUAAUUCCGGGAUGAACCAAUGUGCCGUGUGUCAGGAUGAUUUCGAGAAGGACAUGGAGGUGAAGCAAAUGCCCUGUAAGCACAUCUACCAUUCGGAUUGCCUCCUCCCGUGGCUUGAAUUGCACAACUCGUGCCCCGUCUGUAGGCAUGAGUUGCCCACAGAUGAUGCUGAUUACGAGACCACCAGGAGGGCCCGGGCUCAGGGGAGUACUCUAGGCAGUUCGGACGGUGGGAGUAGUCGGGCCAUGCGGAGGACUUUCAGCAUUAUGUUGCCGAAUCCUUUCAGAGGAGGAGGAAGUGAUGGCGGAUCGAAUUCGGGUUCGGCUGGUCAGUGAACCCUUGAAGAUAUUUCAGAGGAGAUAAAGAUUAGAACGUGAACACUUGCAUAUACUAGUUUAGUUUGCCAUAUAUUUGCUGAAACACUACAUAAUUUUGGGUUUUACUUGCUGCUAUUACUUGCGGUUUGUGCGACAAUUUGUUCUUUCCCCUUUUUCAUGGGCUUCUUCUAAUAGUUCAUGACUGUUGAUAGUCUUUGUUAUUC